AUGUCCCAAUUUCAACUAUCCGUUAUCUUGGCCGGUCAUGAAUUGGACGUUAAAGCUGUUCAUAGUCCAACCGAAGAUGUCAUUAUUUCUUCUUCUCGUGAUAAAACAGUACGCAAGUGGUCUAGGAUAUCCUCGAAUUCCUUUGGCGAAAGUAACCUCUUUUUAGGCCAUAACCAUUUUGUGAAUUCCGUUGCCUACUUGCGCCCGACCGCCGAACACCCUGGUGGCCUUAUAAUUAGCGGUAGCAGCGAUAAGAGCAUUAACGUCUUUGAUGCCGAUCAAUCACAAGAACCUAUCUACACAUUGAUCGGACAUCAAGACAACGUCUGUGCUUUAGAUAUCACACCAUCCGGUUUUAUCGUUUCUGGAUCCUGGGAUAAAACAGCAAAAAUAUGGAAAAAUUGGCAAGAAUCUUAUACGUUGACCGGGCAUUCACAUGCGGUGUGGGCUGUACUGGCCAUCGAAGAUGACCUCAUACUGACUGGCAAGUAG